AUGGCUCCUAAUCCUCCUAAGCCAGAAGACUUGCCACAAGUAUGCAGAGACAUACUUGUUGAGUACUCCAAGCAAGUAAUGAAGUUGGGGAAGUUGUUGUUCGAGUUGCUGUCUGAGGCGCUUGGGCUGAAGCCAAGUCACUUGAAUGACAUGGAUUGUAGUUUAGGGCUUCGGAUUCUAGGCCAUUACUAUCCCCCCUGUCCACAGCCAGAGUUAACUUUGGGUUCAAGCAAGCACUCUGACAAUGACUUUAUCACAGUCCUUCUGCAAGAUCAUAUUGGUGGUCUUCAAGUUCUUCAUCAGAACAAGUGGAUUGAUGUACUUCCUGUGCCUGGGGCUCUAGUGAAAAGUGAACUAAAAGCUUUUGAUGACACCAAGGAAGGUGUUAAAGGCCUUGUUGAUGCUGGGAUCACUGUGGUUCCUAGAAUUUAUCUUCAACCACCAGAUCAGUACUCCAUCAACAAAAACUUUGAUUCAGAAGCCACCCAGUUUAGUGUUCCAGUCAUAGACCUUGAAGGCCUUGAGUUCGAUAGACCAACGAAACACAAGGAGAUUGUUACAAAAGUUGGAGAGGCAUCAGAGACUUGGGGAUUUUUUCAAAUUGUGAAUCACGGAAUACCUAUUGAUGUUUUGGAGGAGAUAAAGGAUGGGGUACGUGGGUUUUAUGAGCAAGAUACUCAAGUGAAGAAACAGUUGUACAACUCAGCACCAGCGUCUAAUUGGAGGGAUACUUUUAUGUGCUACAUGGCUCCUAAUCCUACUAAGCCAGAAGACAUGCCAGAAGUAUUCAGAUUCCAACCUUCAUGA